UUCAGUGACAGCAUCGCCUGGCACAACGACGCGGGGCUCCCCGUGUACGCCCACAUCCGUCCGAGGGACGUGGAGGCCAUCCCCAGAGCCAGCACCGGCCCCGGCAACCGCAAGGUGCGGGCCCUGGCCUUCAGCAGCAAGAACCAGGAGCUGGGAGCCGUGUCCCUGGACGGCUACUUCCACCUGUGGAAAGCCCGGAGCACCCUGUCCAGGCUGCUGUCCAUCAGGCUGCCUUACUGCCGAGAGAACGUGUGCCUGACCUACUGUGAUGAGUUGUCCCUGUACGCGGUGGGCUCCCAGUCCCACGUCUCCUUCCUGGAUCUGCGCCAAGGUCAACAGAACAUCCGGCCCCUGUGCUCCCGAGAGGGCGGCAUGGGUGUGCGCUCGCUGAGCUUCUACCACCACAUCAUCACCGUGGGCACGGGCCAGGGCUCCCUGCUCUUCUACGACAUCCGCGCCCAGAAGUUCCUGGAGGAGAGGGCCUCGGCCAGCCCGCCCUCCUCUCCAGGGCUCGCAGGGAGGAAGCUCAGGCUCACGUGUGGCAGAGGCUGGCUCAACCACGACGACCUGUGGGUGAACUACUUCGGUGGCAUCGGCGAGUUCCCCAACGCGCUGUACACCCACUGCUACAACUGGCCCGAGAUGAAGCUCUUCGCCGCGGGGGGGCCUCUCCCUUCUGGCCUCCACGGGAACUAUGCAGGCCUCUGGAGCUGAGGAUGGUCGCCCGCCGUGUCCUCAAAGUGCCCAGGCCCCCCUCACUUUCCUCUUUCACUCUAUGCGUGUGCUUUUGACUCUGUGUGGCUUUUCCAGGUGGAAAGUGCCCAGCUUACCUCUACCUCUGCUUAGUAUAUUAGGCAGAGAGGAAAAGCUAGAGAGUGAGAUGUCAUUCAGGUAGUCAAAAGUUGGCUUUAAUACUUUUCUACAGCUGCCUAACACUGUCAUUUUGAAUUCUCAUACAAAAAAUUUUGACUAAUUCUUAAUUGUGUUCGUUCUUUGAGUUAUUUACAUAUUCUCUCUUUAAUGCUAUGCAGUCAUAGUUUUACAAUCAUGUGUAUUUCCUAUUUCUUCUUCUUUUUUUAACCAGUAUUACAAUGGCACUGUUUUCAUUACUUUUCACGUCGAUAUUAAGAACAUUUUUUAAAACAGGGUUUGUACAUCUGUUCUGAAAAGCUAGCCAUAGUUUUUAUAACAUUGUUCCAAUUGGAAAAUACAUUCCAAUUUCUAGACUACCCAGCUUUUGGAAACGUUCCAUUUACAAAUUGUAAUCUUCAUGUUUGUAGUUUGUGAGUUGUUGGUGCUAAGCACUGUUUUAAAAACUAUUUACUUGGAAAAAGUCAUCAUACAAUCUUGUUUUUUUGUACCAAAAUCUCAAUUAGUCCAAACACUUUAGGAAUGUCAGGGUUCUGCUGAUUGAAUGUUUAGAAUUUAUCUGAAAACCUGAUCAAUCUUUUUCUUCUUAAACACUUACUUAAGUUUUCCUGACCUGUUGUUAAAUAGAUAAAUGAAUAUGUAUGUUUUCACUUCUUGCCUUAGUACUAUCAAGACCUGUGAAUAUAUUUGAAUGUUUGAUGUUUAAGGAACUUGCCAUCAUUCAAAACAAGAAUUCCAAGUAUAAAAAUACAGAAUAUAUGGCAGGCUGGGUAGAGUGUGCACUGAUCCAAGAUGUAGACUGGAUAUUUUUGCUGUUGCUGUUUUCAAUACCAAAUAUUAUAUUUGGACAUACUUUAAAUUUUCUAAUACUGCUUAACAGUUGUCACACAUACACACACACACAAAACUGCCAAGAAGAAAAAUGAGCCCAGUCCCUACUCCUUCUGAAAAAGAUUCUUAAUUUGUAAAGUACCAUUUAUUAAGAUUUUUUUUUGGUCAAUUUCAAAGAUUCUUACCUAAAGUAGAACAAGCAUUGUUAAAAAGUAAUGAUGUUAUGACCCUCAGUGGAAUAAUAUACAAUUAUCAAGGACACGGGAUGUUUAUUUCAGGAAGAUGGGCGGGAGAGUAAAAAUUAAUGGGAUUAUGUGGAAGAAAAGUACUUUGGGGCUUAGACAAAUAUGAAGCAUGGAUUGUUAGGAAAACUGGUUGUACUUCUCUGUAUAUGAGAAUACUGGAAGUAAGAAGGGAGAUGGGCCCUUCCUCAUAACUGGCCUGGUUGUGCUGACCUUGCAUUAGUAUUGUGGCAUGUCUGUUUUUCCUUAAAGCACUCAGAUGCUGCCUUGGUGUCCAUGCAUUAUAUGCUGUUCAAGUGCAAAUCUGAACCAACUGAAUAAUAUAAUGAGUGGUACUAAAAGUAAGUUCAGAAAUACAGCGGGGAAAAGCAGCUUUUGUUUACAGAGAUUGUUUUAGUAGGUUUAUAUAGUUGUUGUUCUAUAGCAGUAAAAUGUAUUUGUGUGCAUGUAUAUUGUCCAACUCAGUUAUAAAUGUCUUGAGAGCAGAGAAUAUAACUGUCAUCUUUAUAUUCUCCCAUUUCUCCACUAAUGCCUAGCAAACCAUAGGCAAUCAGUAAAUACUUACUGAAUGAAUGUAUUUGCCUCCAGAGACCUAAAGUUCAAGGCUAUGAAAAAUAAGUAAAUGCAUAAAUACAGAAAUAAAUAAAAGUUUACUCUUAAAAUA